AUGCCUGCCUUGAGCAGGAACCAUCUAAUGCAGCCCUUAAUGACUCAAAUUCACAUUCGUAACAAAGUAAAUAUUUUCUUAAAUACCCAUCUUUAUAGGAGCCAUGCAUCUGUUGAGAGGCAGGAAGAAAGUCUUAUCGUGUCUUUUGCCAUUUCAGGUCUGAACAUCGUACAACAUCUACACAUCAGGACAAUGAAUGUGUCCAACAACUGCAGUGUCUCAAAUCUAGAAAUCCAUUGGCAAGUUCGUCUCAUUGAAUUUUCUCUGUAUAUCCUAAUUUUCUUUUUUGGAGCACUAUUUAAUGCCCUUGCCCUCUGGGUGUUUUUCUGCAAGAUAAAGAAGUGGACAGAAACCAGGGUGUACGCAAUAAAUUUAGUCUUUGCAGAUUGCUUCGUCAUCUGCACCUUACCUUUCAUGGCUUAUUUGCUCUGGAAUAAGUCAACCCGAGAUGAACUCUGCCAGUUUAUAGAGGCGAUGUAUUUUAUCAACAUGGUUGUGAGCAUCUACAUAAUUUCAUUUAUCUCCAUCGAUCGAUACAUUGCCAUAAAGCACCCCUUGAAAGCCAGGACCUUCAGGUCUCCAUCAAAGGCUGCCCUUCUCUGUGGGCUUCUGUGGCUCUCUGUGAUAAUCGGCGCUGCUUUACAGCUUCGGCAGAGACAUGCUGCUCUCUGCUUUCAAAAGGAUACCACCGCAUCCGCUACUCUGAACCUCCUCUCCAUUUUCUUUGUUUUUACUCUUCCAUUAGCAAUCUUGACUUUUUGCUCUACAGAAGUCAUUAGGAACCUUAAGAGACGUCUGAACACAAAUUCACCAGAGAAAAAAUUAAUCCAGAAAGCUCUUUACAUUAUUUAUGCAAAUCUGAUUGUUUUUCUAAUAUGUUUUCUGCCAGCCUACCUUGGGGUACUUGCCAGGUUCAUAAUGGAGAGCAUUGGAGCUACCUGUUUCCUGAUCCAGGUUAUGAAGAACUUCUCCUCUGUGACAAGGUGUAUUGCCACAUCCAACUGCUGCCUGGACAGCGUCUGCUACUACUUCGUGACCAAGGAGUUUCAUGAAGCUCUCUUACUGCCCAAAUCCAGCACUGAAAAAAUAGAUCAAAUCCACUCCUUGCAGACACACACUUGAUAAAAGAAGCAGGGGGAGGGUAGGCAGAGGGACAAAAAAACACCAAACCCAAAAAACCCCACAACAAUUCUGUAACAUCAAAAGAAGAUACAGCUUCAGUAUUGUUGUGAUACACACAGCUCUUUCUCUCCAGGGAGACCUUUCUUAGGUUUAGCAUUACUAAGUUAAUUGCAAUUUAUACUCUAUGCUUCUAUUAAAGGAAUAAGUUAUUUCAAAGAGAUAUGUACAAAUCUGUAUUUAAUCAUUAACAUGUGUCCAUUCCAACCACCAACACCUACUUUUUACUUUUACAGGAAGACAGGUGACCCACGUAUGUCUUCCUAUUUUAGUUCAUUUUGCAGCUAAAGUCAAUUGAUCCUUAUUUCCAACGUGUACAAAAGAAUAUGUCAUAUUUUACCUCAUUGUGUAUUUCAUGUUGUUUGCAUUAUUAAAAUAAUCUAGUUUA